AUGGCAGAGAUGACACAGAGAUCCUGCAGCUCCUGUACCAGCCUUUGGCAGUGUUCUCGCAGCCUUAGGUCCAGAAGGCCUCGGUCUAAUCGGAACAGCGGUGCUUGUAGGCUUGUUGGAUCCGAAUCGUCUGUUGCAUCAAAUACUAGCGUUGCGACCCUUUCGCCGUCUGGCGGACCAGCGACUCGUCCUUCUGCUUGCCGCCUUAGAACUCAGAGGUACCUACAUGGAGAGCGAACUCUUUUAUUUCCGGGCGUUGUGCAAGGUUACUGCUUCGCCAUGAAUAUCGACGUCCACGGCUAUCUUCAAAGGUCACUGUUCUGCCUACGCCAUGAAUCCUAG